AUGCGUCCCUCCCUCACCCUCAGCACCGCCCUCGCGGCCACGAUCUACCUCCUCGCCUCACCAAUCUCCGCCUCACCUGUCCAAGCCCGCGCCGCAGCGACCGUCUACGAAUACAUGUCGGCAACCACAGCAUCCAUCACCCCAGCCACCGCGUCAUCCAACGUCCCAUGCUCCAACGCCACCAUCACCGACAAAGCCGACUGUCCCUCCGGCUGCACCGCCGCUCCCAUCGCGGGCGCCCUCGGUGUCGCGACAGACUCCUGGUCGUGUAUUUCGAAGCCAGCGGAGACAUCUUGGACGAGCGUCAAGGCCACGAGUACCUGCUCACCUGGUUCGGCUGUGACAACGUACAGCCUUUAUGGAGGACAGACGGAGCUGGGAUGCAAAGCCACGGCGUCAUGA